CUGAUUUUCUUAAUGAGCUGGAGAAAACCAGAUGGGGACGUUUCCGACACCCUCUCACCUUCCCUCAAUCUACAAGUGAGAGACUUCACUUCAGACACGUCAUUGCUAGAUGAGGAGACUAAAACGGAAUCGGGAUCUCUUCACAAUAACUUAAAAAUAACAAGAAAGUAACAAAACAAAAGAGGCACGACAUCCAGUGCGUGACGUUUAGGAAAACUCGUAAGCUACUCUUAUUGUUGUUGAUUUGGAGCUUGUGAGAAGAUAAACGAGUUGACUUGAUUCUAUCGGACGGUUUUUGCACCUUCUCUGGAUGUGGUCGCACAGUUUUUCACGUGAAAGUAGAGUGAAUUUCGAAAGGACUUAAUUUAAUGUUAAUUACACAUUGCUGGCGGUACUGGGGCUGCAUCCGGAACACACGCGAAGAGAGGAGGAGAGCAGAGAGGCGUGCGCUUCUGGUGUAUAGAUGGGGGGGAAGGAGAAUAAGUAGAGCCUUCUAUUUCCAUGUAAAUAAUGACUUACCGUUGAGCUUUCUUUGAGGAUUUAACGGCACCUGCAACAAAAAAAAAACGUUUGUUUGAAAAAAGUUGACAGCUCAUCUUCCAUGGAGUCUCAUUGCAAUUUUGGAGACUUGAUGUGUGACAAAAACGGACCGCACAAACGGAUUGAGUUCCAGGAUUACGGUUAUGUGUUGCGACACAGUAAAAUGUAGCCUGACAUGUUUUAUUGGUGCUUAUGGAACCUUGAAUGCACAUUUUUCAUAAAACAAAGGCAGAAGCCACGUUUCAUGUGUAAAGACACAGACAAUGUAUUCAUUUUGUUGUUAUGAUGCGCAUGCAUUUCUAGUCAACAAUGUUUUGGGAGGAGUCGUGAUUAUGUCUACAUUUCUAUCACAGCCCAAAUCGUCAUGCGACACUAUUCUGCAAGAUGAUCGUUGUGAUGAGCAUGGUGACCCAACCUCCAAAUGAGCUUGUCCCCAGGCAAGAGGUCAAGGCUACAUUUCCCAUCUAAUUGUCCUGACUUCAGGUGAUUGGAACUAUGGGGUGAUUUCCAUCUCUACAAGCUGACAGAAACAUGGAUUUGAACUUCUCCAUGGUCCGUGAUAGCAAUAAUUUGCCAGAGAGAAACUCAUCCAAGCGCGUUCUGACAGGCUGCUUUCUCUUUGCGCUCAUCCUGACCACACUGCUAGGGAACACACUGGUAUGUGUUGCCGUCACCAAGUUCCGCCACCUGCGUUCAAAGGUCACCAACUUCUUUGUGAUCUCUUUGGCCAUCUCAGACCUGCUGGUGGCCAUCUUGGUGAUGCCAUGGAAGGCAGCGACGGAGAUCGUGGGCUUCUGGCCCUUCGGAGCCUUCUGCAACAUCUGGGUGGCAUUCGACAUCAUGUGCUCCACAGCGUCCAUUUUGAACUUAUGUGUCAUCAGCGUGGACAGAUAUUGGGCGAUCUCAAGCCCGUUCCGCUAUGAGAGGAAGAUGACACCCAAGGUGGCAUUUAUUAUGAUCAGUGUGGCAUGGACUCUGUCCGUGCUCAUCUCCUUCAUCCCUGUGCAGUUGAACUGGCACAAGGCUGCAGUGUUGGAGCUCAACAGCACUUACGGGGAGCUGCCUCCGGACAAUUGCGACUCCAGCCUUAACAGGACUUAUGCCAUCUCCUCCUCCCUCAUCAGCUUCUACAUCCCUGUGGCAAUCAUGAUCGUGACUUACACCCGGAUUUACAGAAUUGCCCAGAUACAAAUCAGGAGGAUCUCAGCCCUGGAGAGGGCUGCGGAGAGUGCCAAGAACCGCCACAGCAGUAUGGGGAACAACAUGGAGACGGAGAGCUCCUUCAAGAUGUCUUUCAAAAGAGAAACCAAAGUCCUAAAGACCCUCUCUGUCAUAAUGGGGGUGUUUGUAUGCUGCUGGCUGCCCUUCUUUAUCCUCAACUGCAUGGUGCCCUUCUGUGAGGCCAACAGCACCUCUGAUUUCUUCUGCAUUAGCCCCGCUACAUUUGACGUGUUCGUCUGGUUCGGCUGGGCCAACUCCUCACUCAACCCCAUCAUAUAUGCCUUCAACGCGGACUUCCGCAAAGCAUUCUCCAUCCUGCUGGGCUGCCACAGACUCUGCCCGGGCAGCAACGCCAUAGAGAUAGUGAGCAUCAACAACAAUGGAGAACAGCCACCUGCGUCCCAGUAUCAGCCUAAAGGGCACAUUCCCAAGGAGAGAAACAAUGCCACCUAUGUGAUUCCCCACAGCAUCCUGUGUCAGGAGGAGGAGCUGCAGAAGAAGAAUGAGGUUGGGAUUAAGACCUUGGAGAAACUGUCCCCGCCUCUUUCUGAAAACGUGGACAGCGAUGCGGAUGCGAUUAAUCCGAUAACUCAGAACGGCCUGCACAAAACUGUGAGAUGUUGAUUGGUGUAUGUAUUGGUGUACAAACAUAGAAGGAACCCACAGAGGGAGAGACCAGGCAGUAUGCCUAGCAAAGGUGUGGGGUGUACAAACUGAGCUUCACUGCAAACCUUAAAACUCGAAUCACUAUGGAAUUCUACAGAAUGUUUCAAAUGAAGGCACUUUAACCUGAUUAACUAUCUGCAAAACACCUUCAGCAUUUAUUAAUGAAGUAUAGACAGAUUUGUUGAUAAAUGUUCCAUAACUUGAAUAAAGAAAAAAAGAAAUACACACGUGUACACAUGUGUUGUAUUUACAAAUACGUAUACAUUUGCAUAUAUGUACAGUAGUGAUGUUACAAAUAUCCUGGAUGCCGUUAUAACAUGGAGAAAGAAGUAGAAAUAGUAGCUAAAUGUCUUGUAAGUGCUUUACAUUUAUGUAUACAGUGUGUUUCAUAUACAGAACUAUAAAGAUAAUUGGUUUUGCUAUUUUUUUUUUAAAUGUCAACCACAGUGUGUAAUUCAUUGGUUUUUAUUUAAAUGAUUUAUCAUAAUAUAUUGGCGAGUUUGAAGACACUUCGGUGGUAAUGACAAUUGAGUAAAAUAAUAUGACCAUAAGAUGGUGUAAAUAAUUGAAAACAACCCUCAUCAACUCUUGCAUUUACAUUCUUGUGACAAAGUGGUAAGCCUCAGAGUGGUAGUAAGGUAUGAUGCAUUUGACAUUUAGAGCACUGUGUCAAUAACUGAGGCAUGCUUUAAAUGCCUUUAAUUUUCACAGCUACAACAUCUUAUGCCAAGUAUGCCAUAUUUCUAAAUAUUUCAGUUGUAUUCCCCUUUUGUAGUAAAUGCAUUUUCCAACUGGUGUA